AAUUAUAGUCCAUCAUUUUUCAGCCGAUAUCGCACGAUUAAACUAAGUUCAUACUAUGACAUAGUUUUAACACACUAUUUUGUGUGACCUCAGAAACGCGCGUAAUUGUAAAGCAAGGGUGUUUUAGAAACGGUUGACUAUAAUGAUUAUGUAUUUCCUCACGCUCAAUCAACGAUGGGUUCAGAUUUGAACAUGAUAGAAUUAUCUCCUCAAACAUUAGAAAAAGCAUUUCUAGAAUUAAAUGAACAGCCGCAACAACGACAGAAUGCCAUUGCCGAGUUAAGACAUCGUAUUCAGUUACAAAGUUUACAAGGAUGUUUGGCUGAUGAAUUCCUCCUGCGUUUUCUACGUGCUAAAAAAUUUAAUCAGGAUAAUGCAUUGAGAUUGUAUACAAAUUAUUAUAUAUUAAGAUUACGCUAUCCAGAUAUAUUCAAUGAUUUAAGACCAUCAUUAGUUGAACAUGUAUUUCAAAGUGGAGUUGUAUGUCGAUUGCCUCAGCCAGAUUCAGAAGGUAGAGCACUUAUCUACUUUAGACCAGGUUUAUGGAAUCCUGCAGAAUGGUCAACAAAUGACAUAUUUCGUGCUAAUGUACUUGUUAUUGAAGAAUUAUUAUUGUCUUGGCCAGCCGUGCAAGUGCAUGGAGUAAUAAUUCUAGUGGACCUAUCAGGCUUUUCCUGGAGACAUGCCAUUAAUUUAAUGUCUCCUUGGUUUCUACAUCGAGCAGUACAUUUUUUACAAGGUUCAAGUCCUGUACGAGUAAAAGCUGUUCAUAUUUUCAAUAGUCCUUACAUGUUUUCUAAAAUAUAUUCAGCAUUAAUGCCUUUGUUAAAACCAAAAAAUCAAGCACGUGUUGUUAUGCACAAUACAUCGUUAGAAAGUCUUCAUGCUGCAAUUCCUCCCCAUCUACUCCCGUGUAAUGGUGGUUUAAACGGGACUGGACCUCCAGUCCCAUCAUAUGAAUAUAUCAAUGGUUUAUUAAAUUUGGAAGAUUAUUUCAUUGAAAUGAAUAAAUAUCCAUAUCAUAUAAAUAGUAUAUCUGACAUAUAAACAAUUGUUGAUCUAUAAAUUGUUUCUAUGUAAAUUCUAUUAUUUAUCUAUACAGAUCACUAUUAUGAUUAUCAGUAGUAUAUUACUUAUUUUUUCAAACAGACAUAGAUAUGUGUGUGAUAUAAGUAUAUUUUUCUUGUAUUCUUUUCUUAUGUACACUCAUCUAUCAUGUGAUUCUACCACUUAAUACGUAUAGUUAAUGUUCAAUCUUUCUGUUUACUGAUCCAUUGUUGUAAAUGACAUUGACGUAACACAUCGUAUGGAGAGUCUUUCAAUUUUUUUGUCUCCUGUUUUGUUUUGCCUUCAAUACUAGUUUUUUAUUUAUUUAAAGAAAAUAUUCAUUUUA